AUGAUAAUCAGAUGGAUUGCGUCACCACUACUCGUUUGUGCUCGUUUUGUGCUUCCCCACUUAUCAAAAGUUGCGCGUUCCCCGUCGCUUGUACUUUACCGAUGUUUCACAUUCAAACAGAUGUAUAACCUAGAAACAAUGACGAGUCACGUAAUGUAUCCGACUUUAAAGUCUGUUCUGGAAGUGUUUCAAGAUGAAAAAUAUAAAGCAGAUGACAAUGUGUCUAAGCUUUUAAAAAUCUACGCAGACGCUGAAAGCAAUGCUAAACCAGUCGCGAAAAAUCAUCCGCUGAUUGUCCUUGAAGGUCUUGAUUUAUCAGGUAAAUCAACAUUAUCGCGAUUAUUAGCGAAGAAGAUAAACGCGGUGAAUUUAAAAAGUCCGCCAUCUUGUAUCUCUUCUGAAUUGCGCGCUGCGUUUGAUGACAGCGCAGAUUUGAAAACUGCGUUUUACGCACUAGGGAAUUACAUAGCUGCGUUUGAAAUCGCGAAAACUCUCGAGACGCAACCGGUGGUUCUCGAUAGAUUUUGGAAUUCUACAGCAGCAAAUGCGUUAGCACGUAAUGUGCAAGCAAAACCAGGCGGUUAUGAUUUACCAGCGCGAGGAAAUCCGGUGUAUCGCUGGCCAGCGGAUUUGAUCCAACCUGAUGUUGUUUUGUUCCUGUCUGUGAGUGAACAUGAACGCCAACGCCGGCAAGCACGGCGUAAAGAGGUCACCAAAGAGGAGAUGAUGUUGAAAGAAAUCCACUCUUUCAGACAAAAUGUGUUAUUGGCAUACCAGUACAUGGAGGAACCAGCCAUUCAGAUGGUCAACAGUGAUGUCUCUGUAGCUGAAACUCUGGAUGGUAUUCUCAAAUCGAUUGCACAUAUAAUUAAAAUUUAACUCUGGAGAUGAAGAAAUACACGUUGUUUCUGCAAACUGUCAUUUUUGCGCUUGAAAUACAACAGCGCCUAAGCGUGGCCUAAGCGGACGCAUCAAUGAACUUCACUUCUUGCGCAUGCGCAUUGAAAAAAAUUUAAAAACCGUUAAUUUGUAACGAAUUUUUCUCAUUUCCCUCGCAACUUGACGAGCAGAAGCAGUGACAGCACCUCUUAUAAUAACUUGUGGUGAGUGACUAAGAUAUUUACAUAAUUUUCAUAUAAAUCGUAUGAUAUUAUUCGUCAAUAUAUAGUAAAUUACA